GAAAAAACUCUAAUAGGAGAACCAGCUUCACGGUGAUGUACAUGUUCAUGACUCGAACAUAAUACAGGUUUUUGUACCUAAAUUCCUCUCACCAUAACAAAGCUUAUGAAAACUUAACCAGGAAUUUAGGAUAUAAAUUAUUCUUAAUCUGAACCCUCUGCCGGCAAUAGGCAUGGGUGUUUGGGAAUGCCUAAUUGUUUGUGCAUAUUCAACUACCUAGAUACAAAACCUGUAAUAAGUAACUCAUCACAUGAAUCCACUUUUUGGCCUCAAAGUGAGGCGUGAGGAACGCACUUGAUACAAGAUUCCAACUCAACGCACUUUCUUCAGUGCGUGCCUACCUCCCAAAUGCCCAUAGUCUUCUUCAUCUUCCCAUAACUUUCAACAGAGUCGUCUCAGAAUAAUUUAAACAACAAAACUCAAAAAAUCUCUAUGCCCACAUCUUCAGAACUCCCUGAGGAAAUGGCCUUCAACAAUAGCAGGUCCAGAAGAUCACCCAAUUCUUCUUCCCCUUCAAAUUUUUACUUCUGCACUACCCUUUUCUUCAUUGUCCUCUUCACCAUACCAGUACUUUUCCUCCUCCACGCCUCCACUACAUCCUCCAUAUGCAUCACCACCCUUGCCUCCCAAGCAAAACCUUGGUCUGGUGAUCUUCGUUUAGCUAAAUUUUCAUGGAACCGCCUCCAAUUUUCUCAAAAUAAACCACCUCCAAAACCUCUCAAAAUUGCUGUUUUCUCCAGAAAAUGGCCUAUUGGCACCACCCCUGGUGGAAUGGAGCGCCAUGCCUACACCCUCCACACCGCCUUAGCUCACCGCGGCCACAAAGUUCAUGUCUUCACAUCGCCCCAAGAAACUGCACCUUCUUCUUCUUCUUCGCCUUAUAUCCAUUUCCAUGAAGGCGAGCCGGGGAAAUGGCGCUACAACAAGGCAUGGGAACAGUUUGUGGAGGAAAACAAGGGAGAACCAUUUGAUGUUGUUCACUCAGAAAGUGUAGCUCUUCCUCACUGGCUAGCUCGCAACCUUUCAAACCUUGCAGUGUCUUGGCAUGGAAUAGCCCUUGAGAGCUUGCAAUCGAGUAUUUUCCAGGACUUAGCUCGUGGACCUGAUGAACCCAUGUCCCCUCUUUUCAACCAGAGCAUACAGGGUGUUGUCCCUAAGGUGCUGAAUGAGAUAAGAUUCUUCAGAAACUAUGCUCAUCAUGUUGCUAUUAGUGAUAGCUGUGGUGAGAUGCUAAGAGAUGUGUACCAGAUUCCUAGCAGAAGAGUCCAUGUAAUUAUUAAUGGGGUUGAUGGGGAAGAUUUCAGAGAAGAUGUUUCAUUGGGAAGGGAAUUCAGAACCAAAAUUGGCAUUCCAAGAAAUGCAAGUUUGGUACUUGGUGUAGCUGGAAGGUUAGUGAAGGACAAAGGCCAUCCUCUGCUUCAUGAAGCAUUCUCAAGGCUAAUAACAAAGCACCCCAAUGUGUACUUGAUCGUUGCGGGUUCUGGACCGUGGGGGAACCGGUACAAGGAUUUAGGAAGCCAGGUUCUUGUUCUAGGAUCAAUGAGUCCUUCCAAGUUAAGAGCAUUUUAUAAUGCUGUUGACAUUUUUGUCAAUCCGACACUACGACCACAAGGGCUUGAUCUUACUUUGAUGGAAGCAAUGAUGAGUGGGAAGCCUCUUUUGGCGUCAAGAUUUCCAAGCAUUAAAGGUACUAUAGUGGUUGAUGAUGAAUAUGGCUUCAUGUUCUCUCCAAAUGUGGAGUCCCUGUUGGAGGCGCUCGAAGCGGUGGUGAAGGAAGGACCACAGAGGCUAGCAAGGAGAGGAAAGGCAUGCCGGGAAUUCGCUGCCUCAAUGUUCACAGCAAAAAAGAUGGCAUUAGCAUAUGAGAGGUUAUUUCUAUGUAUAAAAGAUCAUACAUUUUGUGCCUACCCUUGAGGCUUAGGCUAGAAACUCUUAUUUCUUUCUUUCAUUUAUUUUUCUUUAAUUCAGAACAUAAUAAAGAUGAUGAAAUCAGAGGGCAAUUUUACAAGUAAA